CAAGGCCCUUGGGAUUCCCAGGUACAAUCUAGCGUGCUAACAUAUCAGGUUAGCUUCCGCACCAGCUAAAGGCCGGAGGAGCAUACGGAGUGCGUAUAAAAGUUUCCCAAAGACCCUUUUGUUCAUCUCCUAGUUCUCGAAUGUUGCUCAACUAACGUUAUCACUGCUAUAAAUCUGGAGGCCACCUCACACGUUUGAUCAAUGGCCCUGACGGAUAUCCUCCGCGGCGGCGUCGGCGGGCUCGAUGGCUUGACGCUGUCCGUCAUCCUGGGAGGUUCCCUCGUCGCCCUCUUGUGGCGCGUCUUCACCCUGCGUCUCGACUCCCGGGAGCCUCCCAUCCUGAAGCCCGAUGUCCCGGUUGUGGGACACAUCAUCGGGAUGAUUCGGGGGUCGCACGGCUACUGGCCGAAACUCUACCAGUCGAAGCCCUUGCCUGCGGCCACCCUCCCCAUGCUCAAUGGGAAGAUGUACGUGCUCAACGACCCGGGGCUGAUCAGCGCGGUGUUCCGGGCGCGCACGCUGAGCUUCGACCCGUUCCUGCUCAAGACGAUCCACCACAUGAUCCCCAUCUCGGGCGGGGCCAUGGACGUCUUCCGGGCCGACGAGUUCCAGCACCGGUUCCAGAAGGUCGUCUACUCCAAGAUGACGGGCGCGGACCUGCUCCGCAUGAACGCCGUCGUCCUCGGCGACGUCUUCGGCCAGAUCAACCGGCUGCCCGCCAACAUGGAGGUCGAGGACACGUUUCUCUGGUUCCGCAGCCUGCUGACCAUGUCCACGAUAGUCGCGCUCGUCGGGAAGGAGCACUCCUGGAAGAUGCACAGGAAUGCUGGUGCUAGAUUCUGGGAAUAUGAGGCUUAUAUACACUAUUUUGUGCUUGGCCCGGCCCCCUGGCUCACAUGUCCAUCGGCCUACGAAUCACGAGCGGAGCUGCACAAAGCCCUCAUCGAAUGUGUUGAGAUCGGCCACCGACUUGCUAAGGAGGCAUCAGUGUCACGGCCCACUAACAUGAUUCCAGACUUCUCCUCGGCCGCCCCCACCGCGCCGGACGUCAGCGCCCUCACCAAAGAUGUCGUUGAGCUGCUCGACGAGCACCACUGGACGGCCUCGGACAAGGCGGCCCUCUUCAUCGCCAUCUUCCAGGGCGCCAUCGCCAACACGGUGCCGACGGCCUACUGGUACAUGAUGCACAUCAUGUCCUCGCCCAAGCUGGUGGCCAAGCUGCGCAAGGAGCUGGCGCGGAUCGCGGUGCCGGGCCCGGCGGGCCCGGACGGUAAGCGCGAGGUGCGGGUGGACCUGCGUGACCUGUCGGAGGAGAAUAUGCCGCUGCUGACGGCGGCGUUCCGGGAGAACCAGCGGAUGAUCGGCGUGGGGUCGAUCAACCGGUGGGUGGUGUCGGACACGGUGGUGACGUCGGCGGCGGACCCGGGUCGGUCGUACCUGCUCCGGAAGGACAACGCGCUGCUGAUCCCGCAGAUGCUGAACCACAUGGACGCGGCGCACUGGGGCCCGGACGUGGCCGAGUUCCGCCCCGAGAGGUUCCUGCCCGCCAAGGGCAGGGAGUUCCACGGGGAGGCGCCGGUGCCGCGCGGCGCGUUCACGCCGUUCGGCGGCGGGAAGCACCUGUGUCCCGGGCGCAACUUCGCGAGUGCGGAGAACUGGGGCACCAUGAUCGCGCUGCUGCUUGGGUUCGAGAUGACGACGCCAGAGGGAGAGCCGCUAGAGGUCCCAGAGCGUACCAUGCCGACGCCGGCGCACGCGAUUGGCAGGCCUGUAGCCGGGUCGAAUUUGCGUUCGAGUAUAAGGAGGAGGAAAGGCUGGGAGAAUGUUGUAUGGAAAGUGGCAGAAGUACCUGGCAAGGAUUCAUAA